GUUUUUGGUCAGCUCUUGGGAACUAUGCCGAAAGUAGUGUCCCGGUCGGUCGUCUGUUCCGACACCCGGGACCGAGAGGAAUAUGACGACGGCGAGAAGCCCCUCCACGUCUACUACUGUUUGUGCGGCCAGAUGGUUUUGGUGCUGGAUUGUCAGUUAGAGAAAUUACCCAUGAGGCCCCGAGACCGAUCUCGUGUGAUUGAUGCUGCCAAACAUGCCCACAAGUUUUGUAAUACCGAAGAUGAGGAGACUACAUAUCUUCGGAGACCUGAAGGCAUUGAACGACAGUACAGGAAGAAGUGUGCAAAGUGUGGACUACCGCUCUUCUACCAGUCCCAACCGAAGAAUGCUCCUGUGACCUUCAUUGUGGAUGGAGCAGUAGUGAAGUUUGGUCAGGGAUUUGGGAAAACAAAUAUAUAUACUCAGAAGCAAGAGCCUCCUAAGAAGGUGAUGAUGACCAAGAGGACUAAAGACAUGGGCAAGUUCAGCUCUGUUACCGUGUCUACCAUCGAUGAAGAGGAAGAAGAGAUUGAGGCUAGGGAAGUUGCUGAUUCCUAUGCACAAAAUGCCAAGGUGAUUGAAAAACAGUUGGAGCGCAAAGGUAUGAGCAAGAGGCGACUGCAAGAGCUGGCUGAACUGGAAGCAAAGAAAGCAAAAAUGAAGGGGACCCUGAUUGACAACCAGUUUAAGUGACCAAUAUCUCUUUCUCUGAGCCCAGACUGGAGGCAAGCACUUAAAUCAUGAAGAAAAAUAACUUUUGACUACAUAGAUUGAUUUCUAUUUAUGGAGAAGAAUUUACUUUGCUUCCCCAUUCACUCCUAUAUUUAGUGAGGUCUUCAAGUCCAUUUGACCUGCUUUCUAGAUGGAUCAAUCUCUGUGUAAAUUUCUAUGCUAUGAUUUUUCCAUUUGAUGUAAAUUUCUUCAGCUGUGUAAAAACCUUAUUAAUACAUCAAUAUUUUUUCUAGUUUCUAAA